CUCUCGGGCGCGAGGGGCAGGGGAUAACGGGCGGCGGAGGCUAGCUGGCUGCGGCCGUCGGGCGUGACCGCGUGAGGUCGCGACGUCUUGGGGCGGCGGUCGGCGGGCGUGAGGUCGCGGCUCCUGGGGCGGCGGCAGGCAGGCGAGCGCGCGGCGGCAGCCGGCAGGAGCCGCAAGAUGAGUUACGCGGCUUACAAGAUGAUGCACUGGCCUACCGGCGUCGACCACUGCGCUGCCGGCUUCAUCACCCACUCUUCCUCCGACGCCGUUGCCUUCUCCACCGCCGCGGUGGCUGGUCCCGGGCCGGAAGGCGACAUCGAUUCAGUUGCCGCGGCAGCGGGGCGUCCAAGGCGCUUAGGUCCCACGCCCAACCUGGUCGUGGCUGCUGCGAACAUGCUCGAAGUGUACGCCGUGAGGGCUGAUGCGGUGCCGGAGGAAGGAGGGGGUGGCGGCCAGUCGUCCUCCUCGUCCAGCGCCGUGUUGGACGGUAUCUCCGAGGCGCGCCUAGAGUUGGUGUGCCAUUACAGGCUGCAUGGAAACAUCGAGUCCCUUACCGUGUUGUCGGAUGGAGCGGAGAAUAGGCGAGCCGCUGUUGCAGUUGCAUUUAAGGAUGCAAAAAUAACGUGUUUGGAGUUUGAUGAUGCUAUCCAUGGCUUGCGUACUAGCUCAAUGCAUUGCUUUGAGGGCCCGGAUUGGCAGCAUCUGAAGAGAGGCAGGGAAUCAUUUCCUUGGGGUCCUGUUAUAAAGGCUGAUCCUCUUGGGAGAUGUGGGGCUGCGCUUGUUUAUGGACUUCAGAUGAUUAUUCUAAAAGCUGCCCAGGUUGGCCAGAGCUUAGUUGGAGAAGAUGAACCCACCUGUGCAUUGGGUUCGGCUGUUCGCAUUGAGUCAUCAUAUUUGAUUGACUUACGAGCUUUAGAUAUGAACCAUGUCAAGGAUUUUGCUUUUGUACAUGGUUAUAUUGAACCUGUUUUGGUCAUACUUCAUGAGCAAGAGCCUACAUGGGCUGGGCGUAUCUUAUCAAAGCACCAUACAUGCAUGAUAUCUGCAUUUAGUAUCAGCAUGACUCUGAAGCAACAUCCGAUGAUAUGGUCUGCAGCUAAUCUGCCCCACGAUGCAUACCAACUUCUUGCAGUGCCUCCCCCAAUUAGUGGUGUUCUUGUGGUCUGUGCAAAUUCCAUCCAUUACCAUAGUCAGUCCACCUCUUGUUCUCUUGACCUGAACAAUUUCUCAUCACACCCUGAUGGCAGCCCAGAAACUCCUAAGUCAAAUUUCCAAGUUGAGCUUGAUGCAGUGAAAGCAACAUGGUUGUCCAAUGAGAUUGUAAUGUUUUCGUCAAAAGCUGGAGAAAUGCUGUUACUUACAGUGGUUUAUGAUGGGCGAGUUGUGCAGAGAUUAGAUCUUAUGAAAUCAAAAUCAUCUGUCCUUAGCUCGGCGGUCACAACUAUUGGCAACUCAUUCUUCUUCCUUGGUAGUCGUGUUGGGGAUAGCCUUCUUGUGCAAUUUUCCUAUGGUGCAUCGAAAUCUGUUUUGCAAGAUUUGACAAAUGAGUCUGCUGAUAUUGAAGGUGAUCUGCCUUUCUCCAAGCGCCUAAAGAGGAUUCCUUCUGAUGUUCUACAAGAUGUGACCAGUGUCGAGGAACUUCCCUUUCAGAAUAAUAUUGCACCAAACAAUCUAGAAUCAGCACAGAAGAUCUCAUAUGUUGUCAGAGAUGCCUUGAUCAAUGUUGGCCCACUGAAAGACUUUUCAUAUGGUUUAAGAGGCAAUGCAGAUCCCAAUGCAACAGGAAAUGCGAAGCAAAGCAAUUACGAGUUGGUGUGCUGUUCUGGUCAUGGUAAAAAUGGGUCACUUUCUGUCCUUCAACAAUCUAUCCGUCCUGAUUUAAUUACUGAGGUGGAAUUGCCAAGUUGCAGAGGUAUUUGGACAGUUUACUAUAAGAGUUACCGUGGACAGACGGCAGAAGAUAAUGAAUAUCAUGCAUACCUGAUCAUAAGUCUGGAGAAUCGGACAAUGGUACUUGAAACUGGUGAUGACUUAGGGGAGGUUACAGAGACUGUUGACUACUUUGUUCAAGCAAGUACCAUUGCUGCUGGCAACUUGUUUGGGAGGCGGCGUGUCAUACAGGUAUAUGGGAAGGGUGCUCGUGUGCUUGAUGGUUCUUUCAUGACACAGGAGCUAAACUUUAUUACACAUUCUUCAGAAUCAUCAAGUUCAGAGCCUCUUGCUGUGGCAUGUGCUUCCAUUGCAGAUCCAUAUGUUCUUUUGAAGAUGGUUGAUGGAACUAUUCAACUUCUUGUAGGAGAUCAUUCUACUUGUACUCUUUCUGUGAAUUCUCCCAAUAUAUUUACUAGCUCAAGUGAGCGAAUCGCUGCCUGUACACUUUAUCGUGACAGAGGUCCUGAACCAUGGCUGAGAAAGACAUGCAGUGAUGCAUGGUUAUCUACUGGUAUUGCUGAGGCAAUUGAUGGCAAUGGUAGUUCAUCUCAUGAUCAGUCUGAUAUAUACUGCAUCAUCUGUUAUGGAAGUGGUAAACUGGAAAUAUUUCAAGUUCCUAGUUUCAGAUGUGUAUUCUCGGUGGAAAAUUUUAUUUCUGGCGAUGCCCUUUUGGUUGAUUCAUUUUCUCAGCUUGUAUAUGAGGAUAGCAGGAAAGAAAGACAUGAUUGCACUAAAGCUUCCCUAAGAAAAGAAGCAGCAGAUAGCAUUCGGAUAGUUGAACUUGCAAUGCAUAGAUGGUCUGGUCAAUUCAGUAGUCCGUUCCUAUUUGGACUGUUGAAUGAUGGUUCAUUGUUGUGUUACCAUGCCUUUUGUUAUGAACCCUCGGAGGGCAUUGAGAAAAAAAAUCCAUUAUCACCUCAAGGUUCUGCUGAUCAUCGCAACGCCAGUGAUUGCAGACUCAGAAAUUUGAGAUUUCACCGGGUUUCCAUAGAUAUUACAUCACGAGAAGAUAUACCAACUCUUGGACGGGCAAGAAUAACAAUGUUUGACAAUGUUGGUGGCUAUGAGGGUUUGUUUCUUAGUGGCAUGAGGCCAGCCUGGGUUAUGGUUUGUCGACAACGAUUGCGGGUGCACCCACAGUUAUGUGACGGUCCCAUUGAAGCCUUCACCGUUCUGCAUAAUGUAAAUUGUUCUCAUGGAUUUAUAUAUGUUACAUCACAGGGUUUUCUGAAGAUAUGUCAAUUGCCCUCGGCGUAUAACUAUGACAACUACUGGCCUGUUCAAAAGGUUCCUUUGCAUGCCACCCCACACCAGGUCACAUAUUAUGCAGAGCAUUCUCUUUAUCCCCUUAUAGUGUCUGUUCCUGUAGUUCGUCCCCUAAAUCAAGUUCUUUCUUCUAUGGCUGAUCAAGAAUCAGUCCAUCACAUGGAUAAUGAUGUUACAAGCACCGAUGACCUUCAAAAGACAUAUACUGUUGAUGAAUUUGAGGUUCGCAUUUUGGAGCCGGAGAAAGCUGGUGGACAUUGGGAGACGAAGUCAACUAUUCCAAUGCAAUUGUUUGAAAAUGCUCUAACAGUGCGCAUUGUUACAUUAUAUAACACGACCACCAAGGAAAAUGAGACUCUGUUGGCCAUUGGGACUGCCUAUGUUCUUGGGGAGGAUGUAGCUGCUAGAGGCCGUGUGCUUCUGUUCUCUUUCAUGAGAAGUGAAAAUUCCCAAAAUCUGGUUACUGAAGUCUACUCAAAAGAAAGUAAAGGUGCUGUAUCAGCUGUUGCAUCUCUUCAAGGUCAUCUGCUGAUAGCUUCUGGUCCUAAGAUCACAUUAAACAAAUGGACUGGUGCUGAAUUGACUGCUGUUGCAUUCUAUGAUGCCCCUUUGCAUGUUGUGAGCCUGAACAUAGUAAAAAACUUCGUUUUGUUUGGUGAUAUUCAUAAAAGCAUUUAUUUUCUGAGCUGGAAAGAGCAAGGUUCUCAGUUGAGUCUUCUGGCAAAAGAUUUUGGACCUCUUGAUUGUUUUGCAACUGAGUUUUUAAUUGAUGGAAGCACUCUGAGCCUUGUAGUUUCAGAUUCUGAUAAGAAUGUGCAGAUCUUCUAUUAUGCUCCCAAAAUGGUUGAGAGCUGGAAGGGGCAGAAGCUCCUCUCUAGAGCAGAAUUUCAUGUUGGCGCCCAUAUAACAAAGUUUUUGAGGCUGCAAAUGCUUCCUACUCAGGGCUUAGCAUCUGAAAAGACAAAUCGUUUUGCUCUUUUAUUUGGUAAUCUGGAUGGUGGCAUUGGAUGCAUUGCGCCUAUUGAUGAGCUGACAUUCCGCCGGUUACAAAGCUUACAGAGGAAGCUUGUAGAUGUUGUCCCACAUGCGUGUGGCCUGAACCCAAGGUCAUUCAGGCAAUUCCAUUCUAAUGGCAAGGGGCAUCGUCCUGGACCAGAGAACAUUAUUGACUUUGAACUUCUUGCAAACUAUGAGAUGCUAUCACUAGAAGAACAGCUUGAUAUUGCACAACAGAUUGGAACUACCCGUUCGCAGAUCCUGUCCAACUUCAGUGAUAUUUCACUGGGUACUAGUUUCUUGUAGAUUCCAAUUUUUGGUCGUUUCGUAGGAAAUGACACCGUCAAUCUGAUUUAGAAGCUGGCAAUUAUCCAACAGUGAAGCCACAUGAAUUUCCUAAUUUCAGUGAACUAACCAUGCCAAUUGAGAGUUUGGCACAAGCUUUUGUGUACAACCAUCAGGCUACUCGUUAAAUGUUAAGAACUAACACUAAAAAUCACAGUAACGGCCGUCAUGCUUGCCUGCGUUUAAUACUUAAAAUCAGUGAUUGGCCAUGUUCUGUGUGAUUUCACUGUGGUCGAAGUAGGAUGCUGGAAAAGACCGGUUAUUCCAAAUUCAGUCAUUUGAUCAGCUUUCUUGUAAAGAUAGAUUCCACCUGUAAUGCAACUAAAGCAAUCAUUGACACUUGAGAAUUCGAUGUUUCUAAUCAUAUCUUACAAUUAUAUGAUAAAUAUUAACUAAAAAA